AUGGGCAUCAGCAGCAACGGUAGCAGUAGCAGUAGCAGCGGUAGCGGUAGCAGUAGCAGUAGCAGUAGCAGCCAGGUGAAGCGACAGGGCUAUAGAAUUUGUGCUUUUCCUUUGUGUCUUUGCUCUUUAUUUCUCUCUUUCUCAAACCGACCAAACCAAUUCAUCUCUCUCUCUCUCUCUCUUCUCUCUCUCUCUCUAAAUCUGUCUCUCUCUCUAAAUCUCUCUCUCUCUCUCUUCUCUCUCUCUCUCUCUCUAAAUCUCCAAAUCUCUCUCUCUCUCUCUCUCUCUAAAACUCUCUCUCUCUCCCUCUCUUUCUACCAUGUCAAGCUCCAGGACGUCUGGAGGCCGGGUUUAGGUUGCGAGGAAGCGCGCGAAGAUUUGAGGAAGCGGUUUGAGAGAGACCAGGUGUCAAUCUCCCUCUCUCUAAGUCUCUCUCUAAAUCUCUCUAAAUCUCUCUCUCUCUCUCUCUCUCUCUCUCUCUCUCUCUCAAUCUCUCUCUCUCUCUCUCUCUAA